GCUAGUCAAUCCAUGCUCAUCGUCUUCUUCUCGUUCGACUUUCUUUCUCAUCUUUAUAAAUCGUUAAUUGCAAUUUUCUUGAUUCCGCCUAUAACAGAUUUUGCUUGUUGGAGACUGGGUUAGAUUUCUUUCUUUCCUCUGGCUUCUGGGUUCUCGAAAGAGUUCGUUUGAAUGAUUGUUCGACAGGGUUUCAUGCUUUUUCGAAAAAGAAAAAUUAUCAGCGCCUGAUUACGCCGCUGCCAUGGCGUGGCGGAGAUGGGGGUUAUCUCUUACUUGUUUUUCCUCUGCAUCUUGCGAUACAGCUCGUAUAAUCAUCCGUGUUGUGUUGCAAGAUGCAGGGAAAUGCAAGUUAGAAACGCAUACGCAUCCCAGAAGUUAAAAGAACACCUCUUUGGGGUUUCAUAAUACCAUUAUUGUGAGUUUUAGACCAUUUAUUUACCUGUUAACGUUUAUGAGUCUGUUAGGUGUUUCUUUGUGUGUAUAUGAGUCUUUAUGUUGAGGCCACUUGACCUUGAAGAAGGGAAAUUUUCUUGAUCAAAGGUUAUUCUAGUAUACUUGGUAGAUCUUUUAUGCGUCUUUAAUUGGGAAUUAUGGCCUAUAAAUAUCUGAGCAUGGUAUUUGCAAUUGAGUGUGGUCUUACAAUAAAACUAAUUUGUCUGA